AUGGGAAUCAUAGUGGAAGUUGAAAACUUAGACGGAAACGACGACGUUCUGGUUCCGCCACCUAACUUCUCCAUGGUGGAGGACUGCAUUUUCCGAUCAAGCCUCCCUAACCCUUCCAAUUUCCCUUUCCUCCAAUCCCUAAACCUUCGCUCCGUCAUAUACUUGUGUCCUGAGCCCUAUCCACAAGAAAAUCUAGAGUUUCUUCGCUCACAGAAUAUUCGGCUCUUUCAAUUUGGAAUUGAGGGGAAGACGGAAGUUUCUUUGCCUAUUCUCAAGGAUUCUAUCAUGGAGGCUCUGAAAGUUUUAAUUGAUGUGAGAAAUCACCCAGUUUUGAUCCAUUGCAAGCGAGGAAAGCAUAGAACAGGUUGCCUUGUUGGUUGCUUUCGAAAAUUUCAGAAUUGGUGCUUGUCUUCUGUGUUUGAGGAGUACCAACGAUUUGCUGGUGUUAAAUCCAGGACAACGGAUUUAACAUUUAUAGAAAUGUUUGACAUCUUAAGCCUGAGGCAGUGUCUUUACAGCAUCAUCUACCAGUACCAAGGAUAUGGUUCAAAGAAGCGUCGCUUGUUGUAUAAAGAUGAGAAUUUACAGAAGCCCCGACUGACAUCAUUUUAA